CUGGAAGGAUCGAGCGACGGGAAGGAUCAACAGUCCGCUCCGCCACGAUGUGCAAUACUCAUAUACGCCCGCCUCUGUAUAGCACUCCCAGCCACAGACAGUGGCAGACACCGCCUCCUCCGCUUGCUAACUUGUAACACAAUCUGAACAUGAGCGACGAGCAAGAGUCAGCGCCUCACCUCAGUCUGCCCGCACCCGAGCCGCAGUACUCCCAGGAUGCGACCAAGGUCCCGAUCGGCUCAGAGCAAGGAGCCAAGUUUGAUGCAUUGGGGCCCUUGGUAGUGAACAGCGAUGGUACGCUUUCUCGCAUCGCUAAUUGGCCAAACAUGACCGAGAUUGAGAGGGAGCGUACCAAGCGUAUCCUGAUCGCGCGGAAUCAAAUCCGUAUUGCGAAUCAGAAGGAGAAAGAGCAGGAAGCAGGUCCGGGAUCCACCUCAUGAGCCUUCGGGUAGGAGGAUGUCCGCCAACGACCGAGACAUUGCCGGGAACUGCUGUAGGACGUGUGUAUGAUAGUAACGUCACAUUGAAUAGAGACAUUCAGCUCCUCAA